AUGUACACAUUGCCAUCAGCGCUUAGCAUGUCGAUAUCGACGCGGGUCGGGCAUGAGCUCGGGGCAGGAGAACCGGGUCGGGCCUGUUUGGCAACGCUAGUGGCAAUCGUACUGGCGCUUUUAACGUCUGCUUUUGGGUUGUUGGGGAUUGCGUUUGGAAAAGAAGCAUGGGGGAAAGUGUUCACAAGUGAUUGUGAAGUUUUAGAGUUAACGAUGGCGGCUUUACCGAUAAUUGGAGUGUGUGAGCUGGCAAACUGCCAACAAACCACGUGUUCUAGUGUUCUUUGCGGAAGUGCGAGACCGUCUAUUGGUGCGAGAAUCAAUCUGUGUUCGUUUUACUUAGUGGGUACACCCAUACCCGUAAUUUUAGCGUUUGUGUGGCCGUUAGGGUUUUUGGGGUUGUGUUAUUCUGUCCAUAUUGAUGGUGAUAUACAGGACUGGGAGAAAGAAUCAUUGAAUACAAGACAGUUGGUAGGAAGAAGUGAAUAUCGAAUAAUGGAAUGUGAGCAAGGAAUCGGGUUUAUUUAG